AUGGGAUCAAAAGUGGAGCCAAGCAUAAUUUCUUUCAAUCACUCUAUCAAUAGGAAAGAAUUUGUGGCUACACUUCAGCAAAUUCACUCAACAACAAAGCAGCGACUUGAGGAUGCCAAUGUGAAAUACAAGCAAGUGGCUGAUGUGAAGCACCGCCAUGUUGAAUUUGAGGUAGGUGACUUUGUUUGGGCUAUCUUGACUAAAGAUCAUUUUCCAGCUAGGGAAUACAACAAGUUGGCUGCAAGAAAGAUUAGUCCAGUGGAGAUUGUGGCUAAGAUUAAUCCAAAUGCUUACCGUCUCAAGCUUCCUAGUCAUAUACGUAAUGCCGAUGUGUUCAAUGUCAAACAUCUCUGUCCUUACCAUGGUGAUAGUUCUGAUGAGGAAGAGUUGAAUUCAGGGAUGAAUUCUUCUCAACUCGUGGAGGAUGAUGCAACACGCAUCGCUCAUAAUUUUCUAUUUUAG